ACUUCACACUCUCUCCCCCAAAGGAGGGCAGCGGAGGUUACUCACCUUUUGCUUCUGAAUCAGAUAAACCGAUCUGCAAAUUGAUCCGACGAAAAAUAUGUUAUUGAGAAGCUCAUCAACCCCUUUACUUAAUUCAUGGAAACCGAAACCAUGUGGGUCGUCGCCGGAAUCCGAUUUAUUACCCAUAACGACCCAGCAAUUGAACAGGACACGAUCUGUGUUAAUGUCGACGUCGUUUGGUCCGGAUGAAACUCCGGCGAAACAUACGUCUCCGACGAAACAUGCACCUAAUAGAUGUAUGUGCGAGUUGGACCCACGAGAUCCAGCUGUUCCGAAGAAGAACAAAAACGGAACAAAAAGAGAGGCGAAGACUCCGAAGCUAAAGAAUAACGAAGUGGGUUUGACGGAGGUGAGGAGGUUGUUGUCGAAUUCUGGUUUGGGGAAUGCGGAGGAGGAGGCUAGUGUGGCGGUUGAGGAGAAAGGGAGGGUGUUGCAGUCUCUGGUGGCGGGUGGUGUAGAUGGAGGAGGAGGAGGAGGAGGUAAAGUUUGCGGUGGCGGAGGGUCGCAUGGUGGAGAUGGGUCUGAUUCUCAUGAUUCAAAUAGUUGGCAUGGCCCUGAUAGUAUAGAUGCCUAUUACCAGAAAAUGAUCGAAGCCCACCCAGGAAAUGGUCUCCUUCUGGCCAAUUACGCCAGAUUCUUGAAAGAGGUUAGGGCUGAUUUAGAAAAAGCUGAGGAAUACUGCGGAAGAGCGAUUUUAGCAAACCCGAAUGAUGGUAAUGCGUUGUCACUGUACGCUGAACUGAUAUGGCAAACUCAGAAAGACGCUGCUCGUGCCCACACUUACUUUGAUCGAGCUUUGAAAUCUGACCCUGAUGACUGCUACGUACUGGGCUCUUACGCUCGAUUCAUGUGGGAUGCUGGUGAAGAAUAUGAGAAUGAGGGUGAGGACGAUGAACUGAGUAGGCAAUUUGGUAUACAACAUGAGAAUUCAGCACCAGCCCAGAACUUCUUUGGUGCACCGUCUCAUCGACCUCCCUUGACUGCUGCUUCUUAGUUUCACAGCCUCUCUUCCCAUGUUAAUCAGACUGUUGAGCACACGGUUUAGAUAACUAAUAAGUACUGCUAGUAUAUAAGUAGCUAUGAAAUAGAUUGCUCUCGACUAUGAAGAGUUUUCCUUCCGUCUCUUUUACAAGCUCUAACUAAUUUUAAUUUUGUGAUGUCUGAUAAGUGAUAACCGAGUAUUAUAAUUUGUAUACUUCGCGUUGUUUCUCAAAUAAUAAUGCAUAAAGUGAGUUAUUUUGUA